AGAACAAAGCGCUGAUGGAGCUGUUGAGGAGGAAGGUUCGUCUGGCUCAGCCGUACGCCGGAGUCUUCCUGAAGAGAGAUGAUAAUAAUGAGUCCGACGUGGUGGAGUCUCUGGAUGCCGUCUACUCUACAGGGACCUUUGUCCAGAUCCAUGAGAAGCAGGACCUGGGGGACAAGCUGAGGAUGAUCGUCAUGGGACACCGCAGGAUCCGGAUCACCAGACAGCUGGAGGUGGAGCCUGAGGAGGCAGCGACGUCCCCCUCGUGGUCUGAGUCGGAGUCCGAGUCCCAACACAAACCGCCACAGAGACGCAAAGCCAAACGCAGCCGCAAGGACCAGCCGGGGUCAGUGACGGAGCAGCUGGAGGACAAGCUUCAGGAUGACGUCUGAAAGGUCUGACCCCAAACUAGAAGCUUUGCUUCAAUUUGGUGAUGCAUUUGUUGAAGAG